CUCCUCCCCCCGACUUCGAACGCAACUUGCUCGCUCCUGAGUCUUUGACGACGAUAGUGCUGUCCGUGGGGUUACGCUUUUCUUUCACCUGUCUGUUUGCUUCUCUUCCUUUUCUAUAUGUUGGUUUCUCCUUCGCGCGUCGUUCCGUGUUCUAUCCAUUCUGCCUUACCUUUCGAUUGCUCGUCACUCCCCGUCCAUGGUUGUGUUGAUUGCGCUGCUUCCCCAACCCGUCGCUAACUCAACACAGCAGAGCUGCGCAGUUUCCCUACGUUAGCGAGGCUCGUGGGACAACUAUCUGGUGGUGAGGAUCGAUCGCGUUGAUGUUCCCCAUGCGGCACUAGAUGAUUGUCGACUCGCACGGGGAGCUUCAGUAGCCUCAACAACUGCCAGGUUACCGAUCAAUCACAAGAGACUAGAGUUUCCUCUUUCUACACAACCCUUCCUCCUCUCUCCCCUCUCGGGCAAAUCGCUCAACCUGGCGACCGCCGUGACUGUUACCAUGCCGGCUGGUGUUGCGCCGCCGCCGGUCCCCGACGACCACGACCCCCAGGUGAAGCCCUCAACGGCCGCGGUGGACAGUGACCUGGACGCUGAGGGCGAGGAGGAGACCGACCUAUACCAGAUGGAUCAACAGCUUCAGGAUGCCGUGCAUCGUGCGUACUCCGGAGAAACCGACGAGGAGGAUCGAGAUGGUUCCGGGGACGAACAAGAUGCGGAAGGGGAGCCGGAUACGGAGAUGAAUGGGUCCGGUGAGAACGAUGACACGGAACCCGUUGGGGCGGUCAAACUGCCGGAUGAUGCCCCCUCGGUAGGUGAGGAUGACGAUAUUGAUGCCGAUGCCGAUGUCAAUGGGGAUCCGGCCUUUGAGAACGACAGCAACAGUGAUCGGGAGGCUUCUGCUUCCAGUAGCCCCGAAUCGGAUGACGAAUGGGAGGCAGAAAGCAAUGCCCGGGAGGAUGCCGAGGUGGACAAUAAUACGGUUCGCGGUAAUUGUCUAUUUUGUAACCAGGAUGAGUACCAUGAUCCAAGCGAGGAGUAUGAGGAGUAUUUAACUUGUGCAGUUUGCGGCGAUCACUCUCACCGGCAGUGUGCCCGUGAACAAAGCGCCCUAAACGAUGCACAAGACGCCUCGUCUUGGAGAUGCCCGACCUGCGUGCGAGAGAAGCUGGAACCGAGCGUUGGGCAGAUGGGCGCACCUCAGCGAAUGUCAGGUCCCAAGAAUAUGAGCAAAGAACUCAUGCCCGCCCACAGUGGGGAGGAGGGCUCGGGUUUCCACUCAAUCUUCAACACGGUGUCGAUGAAUGAAGAUCUCUUGAAUAGUUCCCGGUCAUUGCGCAAGAGAAAAACCCAGUCGCUAGAGGCAGAGGAACAUGUGCCGGUGCUUCGAAAACGUCUGCGGCAGUCGUCGACGGGAAUGCGCGAUCUGGUCGUUGAGAACUCCGACACCGGGUCUCCUGUGCGGACUCGCUCUCGGCGGACGCGGAAGAGUGAACCGGAGACUUGUCGUGUCCUUUCGAAGCAGUAUGGCAAACUUAUCCUAGCGUUUCGUCUUGACGAGACGAAGGUGUCCAAGAUCCUCAAUUCGGCCCGAAAGGUGCAGGCUCGGACCCGGCGAACCGCUUUGGCAACUCCUGCCGCGCAUGAAGUCCCGGCACAGGCACACCAGGUACAAGCACAUUUUGCCCCUGUCACCCCCGCCUCCUACAUUUCCCCCUUCUAUUCCUUCAACGACCGUGAGAUGGACGAGUCGAAAUCGAAACCUUACGGCGGCAUCCUGUCCGAAACCGACGCAGACACGUCUAGGACUCUACCUACACAGUACGAUCGCGAACGGUUCGAAGCUGCGCGGCAACGAGCCGAGGAAGCGUGGCAGCAACGACUUCUUGAAGCGGAACGGGGCGGUGAGCCUGUGCAGCACGUCUCCCAGAAAGUUUCAGGGCCGCCGUCCAAGAUCAAGUACAUCAACUUUGGUGGGUACGAGAUCGAGACCUGGUAUGCGGCUCCUUACCCCGAGGAGUACAGCCGCAACCGGGUUCUUUACAUAUGUGAAUUCUGCUUGAAAUACAUGAACUCUGCCUUUGUCGCCUGGCGCCAUAAGCUCAAGUGUCCGGCCAAGCACCCCCCGGGUGAUGAAAUUUACCGCGAGGGAUCCAUCUCUAUUUUCGAGGUCGACGGGCGAAAGAACCCGGUCUACUGUCAGAACUUGUGUUUGCUCGCCAAACUCUUUCUAGGGUCGAAGACCCUCUACUACGAUGUCGAGCCCUUCCUGUUCUACGUCAUGACUGAGAUUGACGAUCUAGGUUGCCAUUUUGUCGGGUACUUCAGCAAGGAGAAACGGCCUAGUUCUGCCAACAAUGUCUCCUGCAUCCUCACCCUUCCCAUUCAUCAGCGGAAAGGAUACGGAAACCUCCUGAUCGAUUUCUCCUAUUUACUGACCCGAAUCGAAGGGAAAACGGGCUCUCCGGAGAAACCGCUUUCUGAUCUGGGUUUGGUGUCGUAUCGGAACUACUGGCGACUCAUCCUAUCCUACCAAUUACGCGGCCAGAAAACCCCGCUCAGCAUCGUCGACCUCUCGGAGCGGACCGGCAUGACUGCGGAUGACAUCGUGUCCGGGUUGGAGGCCCUGCGCGCUCUGGUGCGGGAUCCUGUGACCAAGACGUAUGCGCUACGCCUCGACUACAACUACUUCGAGGAGUGCAUUCGGAACUGGGAGAUGAAGGGAUAUGUCCAACUGAAUCCGGACGCCUUGGUAUGGACGCCAUACAUCAUGGGCCGGAACAACCAGUCCCAUUUCGAUCGUGCUCCCUUACACGCCGUUGCGCCGCGAGAGGGCCUGGAGGAGGAAGAAGAGGAAGAGGAGGAAGAGGAGGAAUCCGAGGGUGUGAAAGAGUCCGGGAAUGAAGACGAUCAGAUGUCAGCGAAAUUUGGCGGGAAGGGCAGCACGGUAGCCCCCGCCACGAACGGCAUCACGCACCCCGACGCUGGAGGCCCCAGUGAGCCUGCUGGACCUCCAUCUACAGGCCUUCUCACCAAUUACAACGGAUUUCACCACCAGACUACGGGUUCCGCGGUGUCCGAUGCUCCCACAGCGGAAGAGAACCCCGCCGCCAGUAUCCCGGCGUGGCGCUUCGAAGUCUACCCGCCCGUUCAGGCACCAAUUUUCAAGCGGAAGCCCGGCCGACCAUUCGGCAGUAAGAGCACAUACAACCGAGUGGGUUCUACCCCAACCAACUCCCGGAUGAGCGGUCGGAGCACUCCGCGACGGCCCUCGGCUCUCACGGCCAUGACGCCCGUGGCGAACACGCCAAGUGUACGGCGGGGGCGCAGUGCGAAGCUCGGCGAUUCUCCCACCAAGGGCUCGCCAGGCCCGGGCGGCAAGACCAACGGCAUUGAGAACGGCCAACUAGACGAUGGCGCACCUACAUCCGUAGGUGGCUCGGACGCGGGUGUCCUAAUCGACGCGCCAGAAGCGAAGUCUAUCCUUCCCGAGGACAGUCAAGGGAUGAACGGGGUCACCGAGGCCGACACUGUGGACGGCGAGCCCACCGAGACCUCAACCGCCGAUCAGCCCGUUAGCCCGACGUCCAAAGGCAAGGGUGCACAGAGCAAGGCACAACUCUCUCGUUCGGUCAUCCGCAAGUCGAUUGUAGAGAAGGUCGAAGUCGUCCUGCCCGCUGACGAUAACGAGGAUGCGAGCCAGACCAACGGUGGGAAGACCGUCAUCACCGAUGCAGACGGAAAUGUGGUCACGGAGACAUGAUUAUGGAUGGAUAUUGGCACUGGGACUGGGUACUUGGGACUUGGGUACUCACUUCCUAAGAGGCAUUCGAAGGCGGCGUUUCUAAAUUAUUAGUUUUUGGCGGAUUUCUUCUUCUUUAUCUGUUUAUUCAUUUCCACAAGGUCUUACCUGUAUGGAUUCACUUCAUGGUUUUUUGUACGUGUUAUCUAUUAUCCAUCCUGUAUUGGUUUUUUUCACAGCAAGGAGUGGGCGGCAAUUGGAGUUUGAGCGGUUGUUUUGUUCAUGUUUAUUCUAUCUUAUUUUAAUCGUUCUCUCAGAGGUUGCUGAGUUUUAUUAAAAGGCAUUCCGCUUUUUGAAUCCUUUCAUCCAUCCUUUG